AUUUGCCAGUGCCUAUCUUCUGUUUUACAGAAAGAAAGUUGUUGUAGCAGACAUUCAAGAAAAAAUCUACAAACCAAGGAAGAGAUCCAGAAAUGCAAACACAGAUGAGAAUGAGCCGGAAACAAAGAAGACAAAACAAGAGUCUGACACUGAAGACCAAAACGAAAACAACACUCUGACUCCUAAUGAGGAUCGGAAAGAAAGAAAUGAUCCUGAAAACAUAGAACUGACUGAUAUUAAUCAAACAACACCAGAUGUGAUAAUCGAUGUUAAACCUGGAGACAGCGAAACAUCAGCUGACAGGAGUGGUCCUCCAGGAGGAUUUAGAGAUGAGGAAAWAGAAGGAAGAAGAAGAAAAGAUGACAAAAAACCCUCUGACAGUCCUGAAGGCAUGACCUCCAAGGAUAAGAACCAGGACAUAGACAGAUAUCYGCUGUCUUCAGAAGAAGUAACUGAAAGCACACAUCUUGCAGAACCAGAGCUAACUGUGGUUGAUCAGAGCAGACCAGAAGUUAGUCAUGAUUUUAAUGCUGGAGACAGAGAAAAGUGUGUUUCUGCUGCAUGUGACACACAGGAUGACAGGAGUGAUGCAGACAGGCCAACGAUGAAACUCAACCAGACGGAGGACUCUGACAGCCGUGGACAUGUCAUGAAAUCAAAGGAUGAAAACACUGAUGACCAGGAGGAAAACACAUAUCUGUUUACUCAGACUGAAGUCACAAAUUCUGAAACACUGGAACAAACUGAGACAAUACCAGAUGCUGAAACAUCAGCUGACAAACAUGGUAACAUGAGUGAACCAUCAGGAGGUGAAGAGACAGGAACCUCUGACAAUCAUGAAGACAUGAUGUCCAAAGAUAGUGACCAGAUAAAAGACAGAAGUCUGCCCUCUAUUGGAGAACAGGUUGUAGUGAAGGAGUCUGGUGAAGAUGAAGUAGCUCAUAUUAAUCAGAUGACAACAGAUGUGAAUCUACAAUCUGGAGACAGUGAGAGGUCAUCUUUACCUGCUGUUGGAAAACUAGUCAGWGAUGAACAGGACAUCAAAUCAAAGCAUGUAAACACUGAACCACAGGAGGAACUUAAUGAUGUAGAGACAGAGGAAACAGGAAAACAACAUGAGGCGAAAAACUCUGACUUUCAUCAAAAAAUCAURAACCGGAACAGUAAUGAGCAGGAAAAAGACAAAUAUCUGCUCCCGUGUGACGAUCAGAAUAAAGUCCCAGAUCCAGAAAAUGUAGGACUGACUGAGACUAAACAGAAGAAAGCAGAUGUUUAUCCUGAAUCUGGAGACAGUGAAGCGUCAGCUGAGUCACACAGUCCAAAAAUGAAAACAACAGAUGAAGUUAAACUGACAGAAAACUCCGACAGACAAGAAGACAGGACAUCAGACGUGAUAGAUCCUGUUCAAGUUACUGAGAUCAUCCAGAAGACACAAGCCAUGAAGGUCCGUCUAAAACCUGGAGACAGUGAMGUAUCUGCUGGACAUGACACACAGGACGACAUGAGUGAUGCACAAAGGCUAACAAUGAACACAACAACAGACAACAUCAAACAGACAGAAAGCUCUAACAGUCAUGAAAACAUGAUGUUUAAGGACGGUGACCAGGAAAAAGACAGAAGUCUGUCCUCUACUGGAGAWCAGGCUGUAGUGAAGGAUCCUGAGGAAGCUGAAGUAACUCAUAUUAAUCAGGUGGCUGCAGAUGUGAAGCUCAGUCAAAAACCUGGAGACUGUGAGAGGUCAUCUUUACCUGUUUAUGAUGAGAGGAACCCUGCACCCAGAAAAUUAACCAAAAUAACAACUGGAGACAACAAACAGGUAGAARCAAGUCAUGAACAGGAUGUGAAAUCAAAAGAUAGAAACACUGAUGAUGGAGAAGAAAACAGAAAUCUGCUCUCUAGCGAAAUCUCUCUUCAGGCUGAAGCCAGGAAUCCUGAAAACUCAGAAGAAACUGAGAAGUUAAGACUAAACGUUAGUCCUGAUGUUAAACCUGGAGACUGUAAAAGGUCAGAUGAGACUGUUGUAUUUUACAAUAAAACAAGGAGCCUUGAAAAAAAGAGAUUAUUAGAUGAAAACACAGAUGAGAAUCAGAUAACAGCCGUGUCCUCUGAGAGGAUGGAACAGAAGACAACAAAGGAUGAUGGUGAUGAAGUAAACAAACAUCUGCUCUGUGAUGAAGUUCAGGUAAGAAUGACAGAUGUUGAAGGAGGAGCUGAGAGAAAYCCAUGCAUCAGACAGUUAAAAUAUAUUAUAAUGGGUGUUCUGGCUGUUGUGUUGGCUUUGAUUCUCUUGAUUUUUGUGUUUAAUGUACGGUUAUGAAACAGCAAUUCAAAGUUGGACUUGUUAAAUAAAUAUAGUUGUUUUAGUUUACACUUGUUUGUUUUUAUACUUAUGGUGUUCCAUUAGUCUCUGACUGG